AUGGGCCACCUUCUCUCGAAGGAGCCGCGUAACCGCCCGAGCCAGAAGAGGCCUCGCUGUUGCAGCUGGUGCCGCCGCCGCCGCCCUCUCCUCAGGCUGCCCCGCCGGACCCCGGCCAAGCCACCGCCGCCUCUGUGCCCCUCGCCCUCCUCUCCCACUUCCGAAGGUGCCCCUACUGAGGCCGGCGGGGACGCGGUCCGAGCGGGGGGCACCGCCCCCUCGCCCGCCCAGCAGCAGCAUGAUUGCGGCGACGCGGACUGUCAGGAGCCCCCCGAAAAUCUCUGCGACUGUCACAGGGAAGCGUCCCCGGAAACCCCAGACAUCAACCAGCUGCCGCCAUCCAUCCUGCUCAAGAUAUUUUCCAAUUUAUCCCUGGAUGAGCGUUGUCUUUCCGCAUCAUUGGUUUGCAAAUAUUGGCGGGACCUUUGUUUAGAUUUCCAGUUUUGGAAGCAGCUGGACCUUAGUAGUCGUCAGCAGGUCACUGAUGAAUUACUGGAAAAAAUUGCAUCAAGAAGUCAAAAUAUAAUUGAGAUCAACAUUUCUGAUUGUCGCAGUAUGUCUGAUACUGGCGUAUGUGUUCUAGCAUUUAAGUGUCCUGGACUACUUAGGUAUACAGCAUACAGGUGUAAACAGCUUUCUGACACCUCAAUUAUUGCGGUUGCCUCUCACUGUCCUUUACUUCAGAAAGUUCAUGUAGGCAACCAGGACAAACUUACUGAUGAAGGACUCAAACAGCUGGGCUCAAAAUGCAGAGAACUCAAAGAUAUUCACUUUGGCCAGUGUUACAAGAUUUCAGAUGAAGGCAUGAUUGUUAUCGCCAAGGGCUGUCUGAAAUUACAAAGAAUAUACAUGCAGGAGAACAAAUUAGUAACAGAUCAAUCAGUGAAAGCAUUUGCUGAGCACUGCCCUGAACUUCAGUAUGUUGGCUUCAUGGGUUGUUCAGUUACUUCUAAAGGAGUCAUUCACCUAACCAAGCUAAGAAACCUUUCCAGCUUGGACCUACGUCAUAUCACUGAACUGGAUAAUGAAACUGUGAUGGAAAUUGUCAAGAGGUGCAAAAACCUUAGCUCUCUCAAUCUCUGUUUGAACUGGAUCAUAAAUGACAGGUGUGUGGAGGUCAUUGCAAAGGAAGGACAAAACCUGAAAGAGCUCUAUUUGGUAUCCUGUAAAAUCACAGAUUAUGCUCUCAUUGCCAUUGGGCGAUACAGCAUGACAAUAGAGACUGUGGAUGUCGGAUGGUGUAAAGAAAUUACAGAUCAAGGAGCUACCCUGAUUGCCCAAAGCAGCAAGUCUCUGAGAUAUUUGGGGCUGAUGCGAUGUGAUAAAGUCAAUGAAGUAACGGUGGAACAACUGGUGCAGCAGUACCCACACAUCACCUUCAGCACCGUCCUGCAGGACUGCAAGAGGACCUUGGAGAGAGCCUAUCAGAUGGGCUGGACCCCCAACAUGUCUGCUGCCUCCUCCUAACACUCCUGCCCACACCACGGUCCACAGGGGAUCAUUCAGCAGGGCAGCGAGAAAUUGUAGAUUCGGCGUGGAUGAUCUCUUGGAAGGGUUUUAACUGUCACAUGUCUAUAUGUGUACCUGAGUGCGUGUAUUUGUGUCUUGUUUGCAUCCUGCAUAGCAUAUGCUCAAUUGCAAUUUGUUCCCAGAUGAACUGAUUUUUUCUUAAAAAUUGAAGAUUUUGAAAGCUACAGACCUUUUAGUUUUUAAGUUCAAAGAUUUCUUUCUCUAAAAGAAUUUUUAACCAUAGAAUAAAAAGAACUGGAUUAUUUUUGAGCUUCUAAUUACUGCCACUUAGCUAUGCCCCCAGAAUAAAGGCACCUGCCUUCUGUUGGAUAGGAUAAAAUUCGAAUGACCACCAGAACGGAAGUAUUGUUGCACUAGUCAGGAGCCUGGAAACUAGUACUUUCCGGAGUUUCAAGCACACACAUACACACAGGUUCUCACACUUUGUCAUACAAACACACCGGUGUGUGUUCACAUCACCAGGGCAUUUUCUUUCUUGAUGAUUUUUCUGACAAAGGGGCCUUCCUCCAGGCCAGCAAGGGACCACAUCCUCCACUGUGGCUCUGCUUAAUGCUGAAUAUCCACAAGUGGCUAACUUGCUGUCCUGUGGAUGACUGAAGGACUGGAGAGAAAAAAAGCUUUUCGUAAAUGUUUUAUAGAGGCAGCAAUCUGAACUUCCCUGAUCAGCUCUCAAAAGUUAAUUAUUCAUUAUUCUAAAACUGUGUUCUGUUAAGUACUAAAUAUUUUAGUUGACUUUUAUGUUAACAUUGUGUUAGCUUUUAUUCCAUGGGUAGUAACCGGUCAGGAUAUAUUUUAAUGAUAUUUAGAGCUAAUCUCUACAUCAUCCAUAUUAAAGCUACCAGUGUAAUUGUAUGCAGUUAUCAAAACUCCUACAGAUUAUUUAAUUAUUUCUGUUAUUUGGUAAUUAUGAAAGUAUAUUUCUGAGAUUUGGGCAUAGUCAUACCAAUAAAGAUUAACAAGUGAGGUAUAAGUAGACAAUCUUUAAUCUUUUUUUUUUUUGGCUUUGCUUUGGGCUUUAGAACUGGUUUUUUUUGACAUAUGCAUGUUAUCAUUUUUUUAAUAGUUCUUAUGCUCCUGCAAAGAUCUAUUGCUGGUUAAUGUGUGAGUUAAGAAGAAAAUUAGAAAAUCUGUUCAUUAAAAUUCUGUUUACACUUGUUAGAAGUAAGCAUUUCUUUGUUUAAUUAAAGAUUGCCAGCUUUCAGUUAAGACAAUAUCUAUCAGUAAAUGAAUUGAUUUCACACAUCCUUACAAUUAAUUCAUGUUAGGGACUCAGGCUCAAAUAACCUUUCCUGUGUCUAGAUUUAUAAUCAAGACAGCAGGGAGCCUUUUUAAGCUAAAGUGAUUAUCUUUCACAGUAGACCUAGACACAAAACCCUGACUUGUGAAUUUGCUAUUUAUUCUUCCCCAGUGUGGACCUAACUGUUUUUUGGUCUUUAUGAGACAUACUAAGAUUUAAGUUUCACUUUCUUUUCGCCUCAAUAUUGCUAAAAUGGGAUGCUAGCUGUUAGAAACAACAGAUAGCUUUGCGUUUGAAGGGCAUUCAUUUAUUUAUAAUGACUCCUUUUUGUGUGUGUAAGCAAUCAGUUUUUCUUUGAUUAUGUCAACAUGUUUCUGAUGUGGCGUUUUUCUUUCUUUGUUUUUAAUCCAAAUAAGUUAGGAAAAUAUGAUCAGUGGGUACCAAGUUGAUUUUUCCAUCACUAAAUGGGUCCCUAGUCUAACUUUAAAUUUGUGUAAGAAAAUAAUAGAUGGUUGCCAUUAAUAAACUGUAGUUCUUCUUAUACAUCAGACUGUAUCACUUUCAUACUCAUUUGCCCACCACUGAAACAUCUUAAUUCACACUAUUUUAACUGGUUUUUAACCCAAAACUAAUUUAUAAGACAGUAUGUAUAGUAAUAGUAGCUUGAGUGAAUAAGCAAAAGUUUAAUUUUUAUAUAUGUCACAUUAUAUUUUAAAUAGUUAAAAGACAAAAAGAAGGGAGAGCCAUUGAUGAUAUAGAUAGUACCAUUUCAAGUUCAAAGUUGUAAUAAUCUUUGGAGUGUUACAGUUUGGUUGUCAAAGGAUUUCAGAAGUGUAGAAUUGAUUUGAUUUUUUUUUAAUGUUGCAUUGUUUGGAUCUAAAGUACAGCACUAUAACAUGCUUUAGCUUGGGGGGUGGGGGUAGGGGAUUGCACUUAUUCUUUAAGAUAUUGACUAUUCCAGAAAGCCUGAUGCAACAUAACCUGGAAAACUGCUUUAGUAUAUUUGUAGAAAUCUGUAGAAAUAUCCAGCCUCUGAGCACUAAUCUCAAAAUACAACUCAAAAAAGCAACACCUUGAGUGAUCCUGUGACGGUUGUUAAAUGUGUUCUCAUUAGAUGCUUUGAAAUGAGGCUUACAAUGAUUUUUCUGGGCAAUAUAGAGUUUCUUUUUUUUUUUUAAUUUUUUUUGCUUAGAAUGUCAUAAAUAUAUGUGAACACGUUUAAUGCAGGGCUUUUUAUCCUCUCCAAAAUGUCAACAGUAUUUUCAGAAUAAAGACUAUGAAAUAUAUUGCUGUAGUGGAAAAUUCUUGUCCUUUGUCUUUAAUGUCUUUGAGUGGAUAAAGGAAAUUCACCUGGUUUGUAGUUUCUAUAUUUCCGUGAAUCUUUUGACCUUGCAAUGGGUUGCAAUAAA